AUGGAACGCAUUAGUCAUGUAAGACUUUCUAUCUUGGGGAGAAAACUCCAAGGAAUAAUUGGUCUUGGAGAAGAGAUAGGUGUCAAAAGAAAAAUUGGUCUUGGAGAAGAGAUAGGUGUCAAAGGAAUAAUUGGUCUUGGAGAAGAGAUGGGUGUCAAAGGAAAAAUUGGUCUUGGAGAAGAGAUGGGUGUCAAAGGAAAAAUUGGUCUUGGAGAAGAGAUGGGUGUCAAAGGAAAAAUUGGUCUUGGAGAAGAGAUGGGUGUCAAAGGAAUAAUUGGUCUUGGAGACGAGAUGGGUGUCAAAGGAUUAAUUGGUCUUGGAGAAGAGAUGGGUGUCAAAGGAAUAAUUGGUCUUGGAGAAGAGAUGGGUGUCAAAGGAAAAAUUGGUCUUGGAGAAGAGAUGGGUGUCAAAGGAAAAAUUGGUCUUGGAGAAGAGAUGGGUGUCAAAGGAAUAAUUGGUCUUGGAGAAGAGAUGGGUGUCAAAGGAAUAAUUGGUCUUGGAGAAGAGAUGGGUGUCAAAGGAAUAAUUGGUCUUGGAGAAGAGAUGGGUGUCAAAGGAAUAAUUGGUCUUGGAGAAGAGAUGGGUGUCAAAGGAAUAAUUGGUCUAGGAGAAGAGCUAGGUGUCAAAGGAAUAAUUGGUCUUGAAGAAGAGAUGGGUGUCAAAGGAAUAAUUGGUCUUGGAGAAGAGAUGGGUGUCAAAGGAAUAAUUGGUCUUGGAGAAGAGAUGGGUGUCAAAGGAAUAAUUGGUCUUGGAGAAGAGAUGGGUGUCACCAAGACUUAUUAA